AUGCAGAGAACUAUCAGUCGGACCGCCCUCGAGGGGAAGGUUCCAACCCCCUCUCCCCGAUCGAAGCACACGUUCGAUCUUGGACAGCUCAAGAGGCUCAGCGCGCAUCCAGAUGAAAGCCCCAAGGAGGUGGUGGCCUGGGCGGGGCUGGUUCCGGCUCAGACCAACGCGCAGCGCAAUGCCGAUCACCGGGAAACACCGUCUCGUGUAACGCUCGACUCGGGACGCUCUGCACUCGGUACUCGCGAACCUCCGCUGUACGCCUGGUAG